CUUCGUUUUUGCCAAGAUCAUACAAACUUCCCCAUCAACAAUCUUCCACUCUCCAUCUAAAUCGGCGACAACUCUCAUGAAUCGAAUCAACGAGAUUACCAACAGAAAGCAAUGGGAUGACACGAACCCUGCAAGCCCCAAGCGCAUUAGGCGUACUGGCGGGUUUGGCCAUGGAAUCGGUCAGUCGACCAACGUACCACUCAAGAGAGGGAUGGAUCAUGUCGAGAUUCUUGAAUUGAUACGCCUUGGACAAGAUAUUCACCGCCAGAAAUGCCGAGAAAAUCAGAGACGAUUUCGCAAAAAGCAGAACGACUGGAUCGCUGACAUGGAGAAGAUAAAUGAGCAGCUACGUGUUGAGGUUAAUACGCUGACGAAGCGCCACCAAACAGUCACUUCAAAGAUUCUAGGGGAGAAUAACAUUUGGGUGGUGGUGACGCAGUUUUUCCGACUCUUCCGUCAUGGCCUCGCCCUCGGACCAAAUCAAACAACAGAUUUUAAUCAGCAGAUGGACUUCAUUGAAGAGAGUAUGACCCCGGACGUGGCAACAAAUGUUGGGUUCGGACCAGAGUCGAUGAUAAGCAGUUGGAGGUUUCUGCAAUGGUUCGACGACGUCUACGUUGAGCUUGAAGGCUUACGGGGUGGCGAUACAGUCCUGACUGCAAUCACGAAAACGAAUGCAACUAUCACCACUGAAACGCUGCGGAAUUUGUUUCCCCGCGAAUUAAACUCAGAACAAGGUAGCUGUUCUGCAAUCGCGGAUAGACUUAUUGGAAAACGAGUUGUCCUGCAUGGAUCGACGGCUUUCAUUUGGGAUCGCACAAGCGGCCGCGUCGUGAGUGUGUUGGCUCAAAGCAAUAUGCUCACACCUAUGCUGCACUUGUUGGGAAACUUGGAGGAUGUGUCCGGUGUGUUUGAAAAUGCGCUCAUUCGUAUAAAUUGCCAGGCUAAAUGAUUAUAGGCACGCUGCAUUCCCCCUUUUUGCGGUUCUUUUUUAUUGGAGCCUUUUUAAUGCAUGAAAACGCGAGACGAUGCUUUGUAUGUUUCUAUGAAAAUAUGUGAGACCCAUUGGAUUCUGAGGUCAGUAUUGGCGUUCGUAUCAGAGUGUGUACUUGGCGACUUAUCGAGUAGCUCAUCUUCAGAGGCUACUGUUAGCUCGAGCGAUAGUGGCUAUCGUGUAAUAUUACUACGGAUUGGUUUUUUUUUUUUUUUUUUGUAGCACAGAUAGUACCAAAAGAUCGAUU